AAAAAAUAUCCUUAUUAAUCUUGGUCUUUCUCUUUCAUUAAUGUUUUCUCACUUUAUUUCUUUUUCUUUUUUCCUCAAACCAAACAAAUUAUAAUUCUUACUAUUGAAUGGAACCUUUAACAACCUCUUCGAGACCUAGGAUUCUGAGAUACCUCAUUUGGGAAACCCUAGUGGCGAUCCUUCGGUAUAGGUCUCCUGAGUAUCGGUAUUAGGGGACAAUGUCAUUCAGCCUCUAUUUCAGCCAAGCUUCUUUAUCUAUGUCGUGAGAGAAGGUUGUAUGGAUGAAUAAUGUCGUCUACUAAUACCGAAGGAUUGCCACAUUAGUUUAUCGCGUUUAACUCUAUAUCGACUCAAUUAUUCCCAUGAGGUGCCCCUGCGGAGAGUAUAAUGAGUAUUAUGACAUGUUACAAAGUAAAUUCAAGAUGGAACCUUCCAGAAACUUCUCCAACCACCCGUGGAACGCUUCUUAACUCCCCGCCGGAUUUGGACUAUUUUCAAACAGCAAGGAUAUUCUAGGAGUGACAAAUUUUCUCCCAAAAUCACCAAAUUCUUCGUAAACAACAUUGUUUACGAGACAGAGACAGAGCUUAUUGUCAAGGGAGAUAACCUAGGAAGAUUUUGUUGCUUAGCAACAAGGUUUAUAAUGACAUUUUUAGUAUUUCGUUUCCAUUCAUUUGUGAAACGAGUGAAACAGUUUAAUUUCUCUGAUAAAAUCUGUUUUUAGAGUUUGUCUUUUCUUCCGUUAUAUCCCGUCAUAGUCCGUUCUGUACCGUGCUUAAUUCGUUACGUUCCGUUACACUCCGCUAGCAACUAAUAAUAUUCGUAAACAAUAUUUUAUUUUAUAUCAGUUUCAGGAGAACUCCAUUUGUUGAUUUGGUGAUCCGACAUGUCUAAAACAAUCUUGUCACCAAACGGUGAAUCGAAAGUGAUAACAGUUCGACGUACAGAAUCUAUUGAUAUCCCAAACAUCUUCAAACUUAUUGAUCUUAAUACAGAGAAAUAUUUUGGGAAACUCAAUGUUUUUAAUUUCAUUGAGAAAGCUGUUUUUUCCAUCUGUUUGGUUGACGAAGAUGACGAGAUAUAUGGACAUGCAACGUUUUUUGAUUUCCCUAAUGUUGACGGCGUGGACCCAGCCAGCUGGGAAGACUGGUUGUCUGCGGCGUCCAAAUCAAGUUACACACCAUUGAACACUCUCUUUAUCGGUCUUUUUGCUUCGAAAAAGGACUACAUGAGAGGCUGCAUGCGUGAAAUCUUACACACAAUGUUUAUAGCUGUGCCUGAUGUCCAUUACUGUUUUCUGAUCCUGCCAGAAAAUGUCUCCCUUGAUAAUUCUUUUGUGAACAUCUUCAGGAACAUUGCUCAACUCCAACAAUCUGUCGGAGACAAAUUCUUCACCAUCUUCAUCAGUGAACGCUACAUGUUUGAACCCAUGUUGUACAUAAGGAAUGCCAGGGUAGAAGACACAGAUGAGCUGACACCCCUAUUUGACUCCUUAAACAACACCCUACAGGCUGUUUAUGGGGAUUAUUACUUGGCUGAGCUGAUUGAGUCCCAGAAUGAGGAGAUGCAAUGCAUUGUGGCUGAGGUUAAUGAUUACGCUGUCGGUUUAAUGAGUAUCAACAGCAACGUUGAUGUGGAAUUCUUGAAUAGCAGCUACAACCUGGAGGUGUUUCAUAGCCUGGAGCAGAAGAAAGCUGGUUUGGCCAACCGCAAUCAGAAAAUAACCUUUGCUAACGGUUCAGCAAUAUUUCAGAAAUCUGAAGAAUUUACUUUCCUUCCAGUGCCGAACAAUUCUCUAGUCUCCUUUGACCAAAACAUAGAUGACCAAAGUGAUAUGGCCAUUUCCGCAGAAAGUUCCACUGAAAUGGGCAAACCACAUCAAAGUUGGUCGGCAGAGGAUGUUGAUCCACAUAGUGUUGCACACACUGGCUCAGAUUUCAAAUCCGAUCAGAAGACAAAUGCUUUUUACAUCCAGUUGUUUGCCAUCAACGAAAAAUACCAAACAAGGGCAGAAGACUUCCUCAUGAAAGCCUUUGAGCUUUUUCCUGACUUUGACAUGUGCAUCAUCUCCAUUCCUCAUCUCGUCCCAGAGUUUCCUUUGUUGCGACUUUUUGUGAUUGAAUUACCAGGUCUUUCAUUUCUUCACAUUACGGAUAUUAAAGUGCGAAAGGCCUGCACAUCUGACUUUGAAAACAUCUGGUUUUUGACCAGAAAUAUUCGACAACAAGAAAAACUUCUGGAUGACUUGCAGCAAUUUAAUGAUUGCCGCAGAGACAAUGAUGGUACCGACAUAAUGGCAUAUGUGGCCACUGUGGCCGACCGACUUAUUGGAGUGGCUGUCUUACGUAAUGAAGAGGAUAUCAAAUACCUCCGUUCUCAUUACAACAUAGAGGAUUAUAUAUAUUUUAACCACCAUGAGCAGAGUGAACAUGCCCACCUCUAUCAUUUUAUUAUGAAUCCGGCUUUCAAGUAUUUAUCCAAAUUCUUUAUGAGGGAAAUUCUACGACAGAGUUACAAGAACUGCCUUUAUUACCCACUCUUCCCCAUAUAUGCUUCCCAAGCCUUUAUUGGAUCUCAUUCCAUCAUCACUGCUCUCUCGGACAUGAUACCAGUCAGGUAUCGCAGACAAAUUAUCUAUCCACCAAACCUUGGCAUCAAUGCACCUUCAGACCAAGUCUUGAAGGAAAUACCAGCUUUUGCUUUGACGCAUAUGAACCGAAAGUUAGCACUGGAACCGAAGAUGACAAUAAAUGCUCGGAUUGUUGUUGUAGGUGCAUCCACGGUGAGCCUGUCCUUUCUGGAGACAUUGAUCUUCUGUCCUCAUUUGAAUUUCAACAAUAUCACCCUGAUUUCACCACACGGUCUGCCAGCAGAGUCAAUGCCUAAUCCACAUCUUCAGAAUAUGAUGGCAUCAAAUUUCUACUACAGUCCAGAUGACCUGGCCAGAACAUCACUGAGUUCAUGGGUGAGUGUGGUCAAAAGUAAGAUGACCAAAAUUGUAAGAGAGAAGAAACAUCUUAUUACAUCUAAUGGCCACACCAUUCCAUAUGACCACCUCUUCCUCUGCUGUGGUCUUCAGUAUACUUCUGUGAUUUGGGAUGCCAAGAAUCCUUUUGGCAAACAGGACCAUUCCUUCUUUGUCAUAAACAAUUUGGUUGAAGCAGCUGAAGCCAUUAAAUGGAUCGCCCAGAACAUCCUUUGUGCCCAAGUAUGGAGCAUUGAGAAUGUGUGGAAACUUGGCCCACUGCCAGGGGUGGACAAAACAGGUAACAUUAUAGUUUACGGUGACUCUCUUGAUGCUUACUGCUUCCUGCGGACAAUAUUGGACCUGGGAAUACUUGGUAAAUUCAUUCACCUGAUGAUUCCUACAACAGACAAAGUGGUUCCUGAGAUGAGUGACUACGUUGAGGAAGUAAUCUUGGCAGAGUUGGUUAAGCAGAACGUUCAGAUCCAUUUCAAUUGUGACUUUGUCAAGUGGAGUAGUAUCGAAGACUCUUCAAGCAGAUAUGCUUACUUCCACGACAGACGGAAAUCCUUUAAAAUUGAGUAUGUUGUGUUCUUCUGUUACCACGCAAAGAAGAUUGAUUACAGUGCAUUCAAAGCCAUAAAUGAUGCCUGUCUCAUAGUGGAUCAUAAAAUCGUUAUCAACAAUGAUUUCCACACUGUUGAUCCUAACAUCUGGGCAGCUGGCACCUUCACCAAAUACCAACGUGUCUUAUAUUCUGACAACUGGGUACAUAGCAAGUUUAGCUCAAAGGAAAUAGGGUUUACUCUGGCCAACAAAAUUCUGAAGAUCUUCAAUCCAGCUAUGAACGAGAACGAAACUAAAAACUUACCGGAAGAUACUGAAUUAGUUACAACAUACAUUGAACCUAGAAUCAGCAGCGCCUUGCUACCAGGUGGUUUCCAUUACUUAAAUGUGUGCAGACCUGCUAUCAAUAAUGAAUUUUAUGAAUCAGACGUACAAACUGGUUAUGUUUUAAAAACUGGCAAACCCACAGACCCUUGUGGCUAUUUCGAAGUUCUCCUCAACCGGUAUAAACAAGUCGAAACCAUCACUUGUCUUAGAAAAGAACCUUUUGCAGCCAGCAACUUUGUUGAAUUGUAUGGAGUCCAUGAAUCCAUUCUGAACAACAUGUUACAGCGUUAUGAGGAAGGCUUAAUUAAGGAUUUCUUCAGUUUCUUCAUGGAACCGUACUGUCUGCCAAUCUACCAUGACCGUUUUAAAGACAUACGACAAGAAAUUCGUCAAGUAAUUUUGGAUGAGAAGGGAAUGUGCAAUAUUAAUGCAGAACUGAGAGAAUUGCUGCAAGAUACCGAUGGUGUAGCAGAAAUGUUUCCAAAAUCUGAUCUCAGAAAUCUAAUUGAUAGAUACAUGCAGACAAAUGCUCCGCGCCGUCUCGUCGAACACCAUGUACUCGCUUACCUCUACUACAAUUAUUAUCAUCUACCAAUGUUUGCAAAACCUGGAUGUAUUUAACCAUUUUAGCCAUUCUUCGUCUAUAAAUCUCUCCCUCACACAUAUGCAUAUAUAUAUAUAUAUAUAUAUAUAUGUAUGUAUGUAUAUGUAUAUAUAUAUAAUAUAUAUAUGUUAUGCACUUCAGUAGCUUACAGUUGUUUCUGCUAUAAGAUGCAAUGCACUCAUAGUUGAUGAAGCUAAUGAUGUUCAUAACUGUUUAUUCCUUUGUCACCCUAAUUUCUUAUAUAUAUAAACAUAUAUAUAUAUAUAUAUAUAUAUAUAUAUGCUUUUCUUUAUCUUUUUUCUGGUGUUCUCAUACUGGAAACUUCUAUUUAAGCACAGCUAUAUUAUAUGAAGAAAGAUUAAAAUAAUUUGAUUCCAUUGAAGUUUAUUUAUGUAAACAGCUGAGCCAACAAAAAUGCUGCUACAUGGUUGAUCAACCUAGUAGAAAUAGCAACCAAAUUUCCCUCAAAUCAUGCUCUACUGUCUUUUAAAAAGAGGAAAGAAUAUUGAUGUCUGAAUGAAAUAUGAAUAAUUAUGUCUGAAUGAAAUAUGAAUAAAGCAAAAUAUAACUGGAUGGUCAUGGCUGUUUUACUUUUGAUCAUAGGUCUGCUUGAUGAAGGUUAUCUUGGGGUUAAACAAGUGUUUCCCCUAAACGGUAAUGGGUGACAGGGAAUUUCGCCACAAGCAUUUUUGCCAUAGGAAAAUUCACUGUAAGAAAUUAUGUUUUAAAUGACCUCAUUAUGUCUUUUUAAUGUUUGACAUUGAAGAAAGAUUUGCCUAUUUUAUACUUUAAUAAAACUUUUGUUUUUUAUUUUUAAAAA